CAAUGCGAGAGAAGUUUGGAAGAUACGAACAAUAUGAAUGUGAAUGAACAUUAUCUUCACACUUUGUCAAAUGAGAAGUUAUGCACCGAGGACUUGAAUGAAAAGAAUGAAGAUGCAUGUGCUACAUCAAUUGAAGUGCAUAUCAUUCCAGACGAAAAUGAAAAUAUUUUACCACUUCCAAUCAAAAGGAGUACAAGAGAUUAUGGAAAUGAACCAUUACGAGCACUAUGUGGUUAUCCUAAUCAUGUCAUGAAAACACGUUCAUCAAGGGAGAGGAAACCAAGUAAAUUCAAGGUCUCCCCGUUUGUACACAAAUUAAGGAAGAUGGUAAAACACGAAGCAUCAGAGCAAAUGAUUUUGUGCGGGAGUCCUCAUCCUUUUUUCGAUAGAAAAACAUCCAUCGUGAGUAAGUACAUUAGCGAAUUGGAUGAUUGCGAGAAGCUAUUUAUUCCAAUGCAUGACGAUUGCCCUGGUCAUUGGUAUCUGUGCGUCAUUGACUUCAAAGACUUUGAUAUCCAAAUUUUGGAUUCAUUACGAUCGAAGAGUCGGGACGAGUUCCGGUUUAAGAGUGUGAAAAAAGUGGGAAAGAUGUCUUCCAAUUCUCCAUUGAUUGGGCUCCUUCGAUUCCAACUCAAGAUAAUGGGUGGGACUGUGGAGUGCAUGUCAUUAGACAUAUGCAGAGAUUCAAAAAUGGUGAUUCGAUGACGAGAUCCGACUUUUGUAAUUCCAUUAAAAUACGUCGAGAAAUAGCAUGUGAUUUAGUUUUACACGAGGGAAAUAGAGAAAAACAAACCAUUGUGGCUAUUGUUUGUACAAAGACGUCGACACGAGCAAUGAAAAAAUUAUUAUUAUGAUAUUUGUUAUUUUUCUAAUA